GUCAUGUGACGAGAGUUGCCGCCAUGUGGCUGUGGAGACCCGCAGUGUUGUUGGGUCUGAUCGGAAGCAAAGGCGUCCAGCGAACCAUGUGUGCUCAAGUGGCAGACUGGAAGAGCGCCAAGUCCAUCUAUGAGUUCUCUGCCAAGGACAUUGAUGGAAAUGAAGUGUCUCUGGACAAAUACAAAGGGUUUGUAUGCAUCAUUGUAAAUGUUGCCUCUAAAUGAGGUAAAACCAAAGUAAACUACACUCAGCUAGUGAAAAUGCACGCUGACUAUGCUGAGAAAGGUUUACGCAUCCUGGGCUUCCCUUGCAACCAGUUUGGAGGACAGGAGCCAGGUACUGAAGCAGACAUUAAGGAGUUUGCUAAAGGUUACAAUGUUGAAUUCGACCUCUUCAGUAAGAUCAACGUUAAUGGAGACGAUGCUCACCCUCUGUGGAAGUGGAUGAAGGCUCAGCCCAAAGGCAAAGGAUUCCUGGGAGAUAACAUCAAAUGGAACUUCACAAAGUUUCUCAUAGAUCGAGAAGGUCAAGUGGUGAAGAGAUAUGGUCCAACAGACGAUCCCGUUGUGGUGGAGAAGGACCUGCCAAAGUACCUGUAACCAUCCUAUAAAUGUUAGUGUGACUCCUGGCCUCUCUCAUGGACUUCAGGGUAUUUGUGUGUGUGCCUGGACCAGUGACGGCCUGUCCGUAAACCCAGCUUUGGGAAGGACAUGGCCUGAUGAUCCUCAGCGUGCAACUAAACUCCAGAGCCCACCCCAAAUCUCUGAAUGACCAUGUGAGAGCACAGUCAGACUUACACAACGGAACAACCCUCCCACUCCGUGAUUCACACUGAAAACAGCCAUUCCUUUUUCUUAGUCAUCAUGAUUGACGUAUUUUGUGCAUCAGUGUUUAUUUCCAGGUACCUCGUCCUGCAUGUCAGAUUUCUGUCAAGCUACUGAUUUAAUUUAUUUGCACUCGUCAAAAGGCCAUUUAUUGUAGCUGAACCAGCGACUCAUGAAGAAAUUGGAAAAUAAAUGCUGUCUUGAACAUCA